AGCAAGUGGGUUCAGAAUAUAUAAAAACACGGCUGAGGAAGAGUGCAUCAGUCACUGAACUUCCACUGCCUGCUGUUGCAAGACAAAGCCUGAGCAAGAUGAUUUCCGUACGAGCUGUUCUGGUCGUCGUGGCCCUGAUCGCCCUCGUGUCCGUGGCCUUCGCGAUGCCAGGCUACGGAGGCUACGUCAGGCCGUCCUACCACGGCUCAUCCCACGGCUUCCACGGCUCAUCCCACGGCUUCCACGGCUCAUCCCACGGCUCCUACGGCUCCCACGGCUCCGUCGGCUACGGCCGACCCUCCUACGGAUACAACAGGCCUUACGGACAUCACGGCUGAGGCAGCGGACGCGGACGCCAGACCGAGGGAGGCGCUGGCGAUUCCUCAACAGCAGCAGGACGAUUCUGACAGGAAUCAAGGAAGCUUGAGAAGAGCGAUGGAAACAUCUGGCAUGAUUGGCGGCUGUUAAUACGUUGUUUAAUAUAUUAUUGUUAU